AUGAGCAAACACGAAGAAUCCUUAAUUCAAGAAGCUGAGGAUGUUGAUCCUUCAAUUGCAAAACUCCCUCCUCAUAAGGUUGACAAAGCUGAAUUGAAAGAGGAUAUAAAAGAAGCUCCUUCUGGUGAGCCAGAGGAACAACCGCCUGCUGUGGAUGUCAAAUUCCAAGAAGAAGAGAGAGAGGUUAGUGAAUGGAAUACUAAACAUGGAUUCAAGGAUCCAAAGGAGUCGUUACUUCAAGAAGCCGAAGAUGCUGAUUCAAACAUUACCAAGUUACCAGCACACCAGGUUGACAAAGCUGAAUUGAAAGAGGAGACUACCCCAAACCCAGAAGCGGAUGACAUAGAGCAAGAAACUUUUAAUGAUGACAAAUUGAAAGCGGAAGAAGAGAAGGUUACUCAGUGGAACGCGCAACAUGGAUUCAAGGACAACAAGGAAUCCCUUAUUCAAGAGGCUGAGGAUGUUGACGCUAGCAUUGGUAAGUUACCUGCUCACAAAGUGAAUAAGAAGGAGCUAGAGGAAGAAUUUGGAAAGGAGUAA